AUGGCUACGGAUGAAGAAACCCCACUUAUCGUUGAAAACCCUCCAACUCCAACCUUAAACCACAAGAAAGAUGUUCAUAUUUUGUGUUGGGCUUUCCUGCUGAUUUUCUUGGCUUAUGGGGCUACCCAAAACUUAGAGAGUACCAUCAAUACUGAAGGAGAUUUGGGGAACAUAUCACUGGGGAUUUUAUACCUGUCCUUUACGUUUUUUUCGGUGUUAGCUUCCUUAGUGGUGAAGAAGCUUGGCUCAAAGAUUGCUCUAAUUCUCGGUACAACUGGAUAUUGGCUGUUCAUAGCUGCAAAUUUGAAGCCUACUUGGUAUACUAUGGUGCCAGCAUCUUUGUACCUUGGAUUUGCUGCUUCAAUAAUAUGGGUUGCACAGGGGACGUAUCUUACUUCCACGGCUCACAGUCAUGCAAAUGAUUUCAACUUGCAUGAAGGAACAAUAAUUGGAAAAUUUAAUGGAGAGUUUUGGGGGAUGUUUGCAAGUCAUCAGCUUGUCGGCAAUCUCAUCACUCUGGCAUUGUUAAGAGAUGAGAAGGGAGGAAGUACCAGCGGCACAACUUUACUUUUCAUUGUAUUUCUUUGUAGCAUGACCUUAGGUACUAUUCUUAUGUGCUUCUUAAGUAGGAGAAAUGGUAAAGAGGAAGGAGUGCAAGAUUCUCGUGUCACUUUUUCUUCUUCGGUGGUAUCUUUACUGAAGGCAAUGUCGAAUCUAUUACUUGACAUAAGAAUCCUCUUGAUUAUCCCCCUUAUUGCAUAUUCAGGCUUACAGCAAGCAUUCGUAUGGGCUGAAUACACAAAGCACAUUGUCAAGCCUACACUUGGCGAGCGUGGUGUUGGCGGUGCAAUGGCUGUUUAUGGGGUUUUUGAUGCUAUAUGUUCACUUGCUUCUGGUCGACUUACCUUCGGUCUUUUAUCGAUCACUAUAAUAGUCUCCGCUGGAGCUUUGAUUCAGAUUGUUGUACUGCUUUGGCUUCUGCUGGGAUACAGUGUGGCUGGAGGAGUGCUUGGCACAGUAUACCCACUUCUUAUAGGGGCAUUGUGGGGUAUUGGCGAUGGAGUACUGAACACGCAGCUAAGUGCUUUGCUUGGAAUCCUAUUUAAGCAUGACCUGGAAGGAGCAUUUGCACAGCUUAAGCUCUGGCAAAGUGCUUCAAUUGCAGUGGUGUUCUUCAUCAGUUCAUCUAUUUCAUUGCAGACAAUGGUCAUAAUCUUGCUCGUUGCACUCUGCAUUUCAGUGGCUGGGUUUCUUUUUCUCAUGCUUCAGAUCGAGAAAGCAUUUUCAUAUCGUGCAUCUUGA